UCUCGGUCUGCGGAGAUUUCGGGAAGAGGUGGAAGGUGGUGUGCGCGGGGCUCUGCGGGGCUCUGCGGGGCUCGAGGACGGUUUGCGGUCCGCGCAGCUGGCGCCGGCGGAGGAUGUCACCAGUUGUCCGCUCGCUUCCAAAGCCACGAUCAGGCUGGGGAUCCUGGGGACGCGGGAGACGGGCAGGACGCCGAGGGAGAGGAGGGUUAGCCUAGUAGAGUCGGGAGGGGCCUAGACCGCGGGAGGGGCGCCUGACAACCCCAUUCCUUGGACCUCGGGGUAACCAUGCUCUGAGAGGCUGCGGGCGGAUGGGACCCCAGAGUUUCGUCCUCUGUCCCUAGGGCGAUGUCUGCUUGUCUUGGAGUUUGUGUAGGGGAAGAGCAGAGGGCUGAGGACCUCUUAGGUGGAGGCAAGAAGGGAUGGAGCGAGUGCCGAGAAGGGCGAGGCUGGAAAACUUUAUGAACCCAGAAACCAAGAGAUGAUUGAGAAGAGCAGCGGGACUCUUCCGAUCAGCGGCUAGCAGACCCCAGCGGCCACCUAUGCAUGUGAACAGGAACUUAAUUUGGGAAGGACAAGUUGGGAUCCCAGGCUGAACAUCCGGAAGCAUUUGGAUUUGACGACACACUCUCCAGGCCUGCACAUGCCAAAGUACAGUCACCCUAAAGUGGGCCACAGAUUUAUUUGACCAAACGGUUGUCCUGUGAGCCCUUUCAUAAACUUAAAUCAACUCAGAAGGACAAAGUCCGCCAGUUCAUGGCAUGCACCCAGGCUAGCGAGAAAACUGCUAUCUACUGCCUGACACAGAAUGAGUGGAAACUAGACGAGGCUACAGACAGCUUCUUCCAAAACCCAGAGGCGUUCCACCGAGAGUCUAUGAAGAGCACUGUGGACCAGAAGAAGCUGGAGCAGUUAUAUGGCAGGUACAAAGACCCACAGGAUGAAAACAAAAUCGGAGUUGAUGGGAUUCAGCAGUUCUGUGAUGAUUUGAACCUGGACCCUGCCAGUAUUAGUGUUCUGGUCAUAGCGUGGAAGUUCAGGGCUGCCACUCAAUGUGAAUUUAGCAAAAAGGAGUUUGUGGAUGGCAUGGCAGAGCUUGGGUGUGACAGCACAGAGAAACUGAAAGCUCUUCUUCCCAAGCUGGAGCUAGAGCUGAAGGAUUCGGCAAAGUUUAAAGACUUUUACCAGUUCACCUUCACCUUCGCCAAGAACCCUGGGCAGAAGGGUUUAGAUUUAGAAAUGGCCGUUGCAUAUUGGAAGUUAGUAUUGUCUGGAAGGUUUAAAUUUUUAGAUCUUUGGAACACAUUUCUUCUGGAGCAUCACAAAAGAUCAAUUCCAAGGGAUACUUGGAACCUUCUCCUAGAUUUUGGAAACAUGAUUGCAGAUGAUUUGUCUAACUACGAUGAAGAAGGAGCCUGGCCUGUCCUUAUUGAUGACUUUGUAGAAUAUGCACGACCAGUGGUCACGGGUGGGAAGCGUGGCCCUUUCUAAAUGGAAGCGUCAGAUGGAUGGAGGGUGGAUGAGAUGGACCCUGAAAGGAGACAGCUGGGCUGGUUGCUGUGUGCAUUUGUUGCUGACUUCAGAAGUCUUCCUCGUCCAUUCAUGAAACAAAUCCUUACUCCGCUUAAAGGCUACGUGUAGGAACGGAGAAGCUCCUCAGGACAUUAGGGACGGCGGGUCAUCAGAGCUACCGCUUUAGGAGACGCCUGCAUGACUUGUCUUUACAGAAAGCAGCAUAGAGCCUGUUUGCAGGGCAAAAGCGUGCUGUUCUGUCAGUCCACGAUGUUCAGGUGAGCACCAGCGGUUUCCAAAGCUGUGGAAUCGCACUGCAGUUAUGCUUCAAAAUAGCAUCUGUGUCCUCAGAAUGAUGUAUCUUCUGUACAAGUCCAAGUUGUUACAAGCGUGCCCUGAUGAAAAUGGCCUUGUCAGAGCCUACUGCUUUUAAUCUUGGUAUUCAAGAUUGAUAGUUUUGAAUUAUCGAAUCUCUAGAUUUACUAGAUGUUUGUUUUAUUUUCUCUAGAAGACAUUGUUGCAGUUUGCACAGGGAUGGUACAGAAUGUAAUCCAGCAGGUUCAUUUCAAACUGUUUACAAGCUGGUGGGCCUGAUUUACGUCUAAUGAGGUUAUUAUUAUUAGGCCUGGAUGCUGCCUCCUGAGAAGUUUCUUAUUUUUUAAUAUAUUUUAUUAUAUUUAAAAGGACAUUUUUCCAUGAGAAAUACUUCUUUUUGGGUGAUGAAUUAGAUUUACAAAUCGAAUGCACUGGUUCCCUUCACCUGUCUACAAUGUCUUCAGUGCCCAUUGUCCAGCCCUUGGAUAGCCAUAUGCAUUUGGAAGCAAAAACGUCAUCCAAAAGAGUCUGUACCCAAAGCCUCUGUCUCAUCUGUCUGCACCAUGUCACAGUGUCGUGUCGCCAUCUGCUGUUCUGGUGUUUCUCUGAUCAAGAUCCACUCAUGCACACAGGCACGGAGGCCUGGAUACUCUCUGCUCAUCUGAUGUCAAGCUUUGAACAUCACUGUGCUGACCCUACCUCACACUUGCCAAGACUUAGUGUCACAAGCGUGCCUUGCCGCCCGGCCUACCACGUGGCCAUGGAGCAGAUAUGCUGGGCCCACUUCAGGACGGGGGGCUGGUCAAAUGCCCAUACUCAGAAAGCCUGUCCCAGGUGUGCUGUUGGGCCAGCUUUCGGUAAUGGCACACGUCCCUGACUUAGGAAACAGUCUGAGGCUUGUGUGUCCUGCAGUGAGAUGGGCUGUUGGUGUGGGACAGGGAUCUCACAGAGGUGGUGGAGGGUUGGAACAGGAGGCCAGUCUCCACAAAGCCAACCCUCACUGUGUGAGGUGACAUCACUGAGGACCUGUCAACGCAAGUCUGCGAAAAGGAAAACUGGGACAUCUUAGGGAGUGUCUGUAACCAAACUGACUGAAGGAAAACCUGGAAAGCAAAGCCUCCUUCCAGGCUCUGUGGGUCCCUUACAUGCAGUGAGCCUCUGUUCAGAGAAAUCUAGAGAUAACUAAAUUUUGGAGGUUUGCAAUAUGCUUUUGUUUUUAAGAUUUAAAAUUCUUCAGGAAGAUCAGUGAUCUGAUUGAGCAGGUUCAGGCAUUUGUUGCCUAGCCUGAUAACCUGAGUUCGGUCCCUGGGAACCACAUGGUGGAGGGAGAGAUCCAACUCCCACAGGUUAUCCUCUGACCUCCACACGUGUGCCAUGAAAUGCAUGCAUUCCCCCUGCACACACAUGUACUUACACAAUAAACAAAUCAAUGUAACGUUAAGAUUUUAAAUUCUAUGGGAUAGUUAAUAGGCUGUGAAGUACUAGUAAUUGAUAAAGGCUUUUCAAAGAAUCGUGCUUUCUGUUCUACUUACACUUGAACUGCAUGUUACAGAAAUGCUGAAAACUUGAGAAAUGGCAAAUAAAGUAUUUUCCCUGGU